AUGUUUAAAUAUGCUAAUAAAUCUAAAUCAAUUCAUAGUGGCACACAGUCGCUCUCCAUGAACGGCGCGUCGUUUGGAGCUCCCUCCCCACAAUCCAACAUGGAUCGCAAGAUGGCAUCUGCGGAACAACUUGUUCUCGAACUCGGCAACCCCGAUCUCCGAGAAAACGCUCUUCUCGAACUCUCAAAGAAGAGAGAGUUAUUCCAGGAUCUCGCUCCAUUAUUGUGGAAUUCUUUUGGUACCAUUGCAGCACUUUUACAGGAAAUAGUUUCAAUAUACCCUGUUCUUUCACCACCAAAUCUUACUCCGGCACAAUCAAAUCGAGUGUGCAAUGCUCUUGCUCUUCUUCAGUGUGUCGCAUCUCACCCUGAUACAAGGAUGCUAUUCCUCAAUGCUCAUAUACCUCUAUAUCUGAAUCCCUUCCUUAAUACAACAAGCAAGUCAAGACCAUUUGAGUAUUUGAGGCUUACCAGUCUUGGUGUCAUUGGUGCCUUGGUGAAGGUUGAUGACACAGAAGUUGUAAGUUUUCUUCUUUCGACAGAGAUAAUUCCGCUUUGCCUGCGCACCAUGGAAAUGGGCAGUGAAUUGUCAAAAACAGUUGCAACAUUUAUAGUUCAAAAAAUUCUAUUGGACGAUGUUGGUUUGGAUUAUAUUUGUGCUACAGCAGAGCGCUUUUUUGCAGUAGGUCGAGUUUUGGCAAACAUGGUCUUAGCUCUUGCUGAGCAGCCUUCAUCUCGUCUUUUGAAGCAUAUUAUACGAUGUUAUCUUCGUCUGUCAGAUAAUCAAAAGGCUUGUGAUGCAUUAAGAAGCUGUCUUCCGGAAAUGUUAAGGGAUGGCACUUUCAGUAAUUGCCUUCGUGAAGAUCCAACAACUAGGAGGUGGCUACAGCAGUUGCUUCACAAUGUUGGAGUGAACCGGAUUCCCACUCUACCAGCUGGAGGAGGAUUCGAUCAUAUGAUAUGGUUACAUGAGAAUAGAGAUCUUGCUUAGUUGCUGUGCUUGCUAUAAUCACUUCUGGCCCAGUUAUCUCUCUGUCAUGAAACUUUAAGAUAAGUCAUUGCUUUCUGCAUAAAGAUAAAAUAGUUGUAAUUAUUGAUUAGAUAUUAUGUUAUAAAUAUAUUGUUCGGCCGUGCUGAUAAUUUGUAUAUACAAUUAGGUGGUUCUUUUUACCCCCUCAAUGAAUGUUCAAGCUGAUGGUAAGACAUUUAAGUGGUGGUUUUUACUUAACGCGAUUCUUUGUGGACUUGAUCAAGUUAAACGAAAGCGUCCAUGGGAUU